AUGCCUCAUAGACCCGCCUUACUCUCCACACUCCGUCCCCUUCCGUCCCACACACGCACUCCCCUCCAUCGCUCACGCUUCCUCGCGACAACGAGCACGCUCCCUCCCCUCCCGUCUCCUUUGCGCUCGCUCCAUUGUCGCACACGCGCGCUCUGUUUUCUCGCGGAUUACAAUUCCCUCCCGUCGCCCACGCGGGAGCGCCGAGACCGAUUACGCACACUCCCUUCCGUCACCCACGCUCACUUCGUUCCCGCCGCAGACGCGCACUCCCUUCCGUCGCCCCCGCGCACUCCGUCAGUUACCUCGGCCCACGCGCACUCCCUUCCGUUGCCCACUCUCAAGACCUUCCCGUCGCCCACGCUCACACCCUUCCCAUCGCCUACGCGCAAUCGUUCAGUCGCCCACUCUCAAUCACUUCCCUCGCCCACGCUCGCUCCCUUCCCGUUGCCCACGCUCACUCCCUUUCCAUCGCCUUCGCGCAAUCCUUACAUCGCACACGCUCACCCCCGCUCGUCGCACACGGCCAAUUCCCUCUCGUCGCACGCUGCCGCCCGCGCCGCGCUCUCCCUUUCAAUCUCCUCCCACCGUCCACGCGCACUCCCUCCCGGCGCGCGAGACGACUCGCCGUCCGCCGCCCACGCUCACUCCCUCCCGCCGCGACGGUCCCCUCCGUCGCACAUGCUCACUCCCCUCCGUCGCCCAGGCCCACUCCUUAUGGUCGCACUCACUCCUCCCCGUCGCCCACUCAUUCCCCUCCGUAUCCCUCGCUCACUCCCCUUCCGCCGCCCACGCUCGCUCCCUCCCGUCGCGUUCGGCCCCAUCCGUCGCCCACGCUCACUCCACUGCCGUCACACACGCACGCACCCUCCCCUCGACGGAGAGGGGGUGCUCCGCUUCCCUCGCAUAUGCGUUCAUCUCCCCAUCCCUCAUCUCCCCAUCCCUCAUCUCCCCAUCCCUCAUCUCCCCAUCCCUCAUCUCCCCAUCCCUCAUCUCCCCAUCCCUCAUCUCCCCAUCCCUCAUCUCCCCAUCCCUCAUCUCCCCGUCCCUCAUCUCCCCGUCCCUCAUCUCCCCAUCCCUCAUCUCCCCGUCCCUCAUCUCCCCGUCCCUCAUCUCCCCGUCCCUCAUCUCCCCGUCCCUCAUCUCCCCGUCCCUCAUCUCCCCGUCCCUCAUCUCCCCGUCCCUCUUCUCCCCAUCCCUCACCCCCCCAUCCCUCAUCUCCCCAUCCCUCACCUCUCCGGUCUUCCUCUCCCUCUCCCCUCUCCUCUCAUUCCUUACCCUUCUCCCUCUCCUCUCCCUCCUCCCUUUCCACUCGCCCCGCCACUCCCGCCGUGCUUCUCCCUCCCCCCAUUCCGCCUCGCCCCAUUCCGCCCCACCCCAUUCCGCCCCAUCCCAUUCCGCCUGACCUCAUUCCGCCCCACCCCAUUCCGCCUCACCCCAUUCCUCCUCUCCCCGUCCCCUCCUCACUUUAACCCCCUCUUCUCCCCUUCCCCACCUCAUCCCAUCUCCUCCUCUUUCCGUCCACCCCUCCUCACACCAUCUCCUCCUCUUUCCAUCCAGGCCUCCUCACCCCAUUCCGCCUCACCCCAUUCCGCCUCCCGUCCUCUCCCCAUCCCCUCCUCUUACUAUCCCUCCUCUCCUUGUCUCUCCUCUCCCCAUCCCUCCUCUCAUCCCUCCUCUUACCAUCCCUCCUCUUACCAUCCCUCCUCUCCCCAUCCCUCCUCUCCCUAUCCGUCCUCUCCCCAUCCGUCCUCUGUUCGUUCCUUCCUCCCCACAUCCCUUCCUGUUUGCUCCGCACUUCACCUCCCCCUCCCCUCCCCCAAUCGCUCUGCGCGGGAGCUGCUUGGGACGCUGUGGACGGAUGGCGGCGCCCAUAGUCGCACAACAGAGGCGGACGUGGUGCUGCGUGAAUCCCUUCCCCCCGUCCUCCCAACCUCUCUUUCUCCCUUCAUCACGCCCCUCCUCUCCCCAUCCCCUCCUCUCCCCCUCCCCUCAUCACGCCCCUCCUCCCAUCACGUCCCGUCCUCUCCCCAUCCCCUCCUCUUCCAAACCCAUCCCUCCUCAUCACAUCCCUCCUCUUUCCAUCCAUCCUCUCCCCAUCCCUCCUCUCCCCAUCCGUCCUGUCCCCAUCCCCUCCUCUCCCCCUCCGCUCCAGGUGUUUCCUCCCAUCAUCACUUCCUCCCAUCAUCACUUCCUCCCAUCACCACUUCCUCCCAUCAUCACUUCCUCCCAUCACCACUUCCUCCCAUCACCACUUCCUCCCAUCACCACUUCCUCCCAUCACCACUUCCUCCCAUCACCACUUCCUCCCAUCAUCACUUCCUCCCAUCACCACUUCCUCCCAUCACCACUUCCUCCCAUCACCACUUCCUCCCAUCACCACUUCCUCCCAUCAUCACUUCCUCCCAUCACCACUUCCUCCCAUCAUCACUUCCUCCCAUCAUCACUUCCUCCCAUCACCACUUCCUCCCAUCACCACUUCCUUCCAUCACCACUUCCUCCCAUCACCACUUCCUCUUCCUAUCCCCUUUCCCUCUCACAUCGUCCUAUCUCCCCCUGUCCCUUCCCCCCUGCUUCCCUCUUCCCCCUCUUUCCCCGCUUUCCCCUCCCCAUCGCUCGUAUUCUCUUUCUCUCCCUGGCUAUUGCAGUGACUACACUGAUGAUUUUUCUGGUGCUGCAACUCGCUCAGAGGCCCAUCAUCCCAUGCCAUGCUCGUAG